AUGGCGGCACCUGAGGAAGCUUGUUCAGAUGAGGAGGAGGCUGAACAGGAACCUAAGCUACGAGACACCCCUGAGGAUAUUUCCCUUGAAGCUGCUGCAAACACCAUUGCCUUUCACCCUAGUCAAGAUAUCAUAGCUGCUGGAGAUGUGGAUGGUGAUGUCUAUGUGUAUUCAUACUCCUGUUUCGAAGGUGGGAACAAGGAGCUUUGGUCUUCAGGACAUCACUUGAAAUCCUGCCGGGAAGUAUCUUUUUCCCAUGAUGGACACAAGCUCUACACGGCAUCCAAGGAUAAAUCCAUUCAUAUCCUGAACGUUGAGGAGGGUCGUCUUGUCACACGCUUCUCCAAAGCACAUAACUUUGCAUUGAACUGCCUGUUGGUGAUAGAUGAACACUUGUUUGCUACGGGAGAUGACAGUGGGGAGCUGAAGGUGUGGGACCUGCGCAAAGGUACCUCCAUCAUGGAAGCAAAGGAGCACGAGGAGUACAUCAGUGGCAUGGCUGUGGAUGGAAACAAGAAACUGCUGCUCACUACCAGUGGAGAUGGGACCAUGGGAGUCUUCAACAUUAAGAGAAGGCGCUUUGAGCUACUUUCUGAGCCCCAGAAUGGUGAGCUGACAGCCAUCUCUUUGAUGAAGAGGGGGAAGAAAGUGGCCUGCGGCUCUAGUGAAGGGACCAUUUACCUUUUCAACUGGGACGGCUUUGGUGCAACCAGCGACCGUUUUGCAUUAAAGGCGGAAUCCAUUGACUGCAUGGUUCCCAUAACAGCGAACAUUGUGUGCACAGGCUCCACGGAUGGAGUCAUCAGGGCAGUAAACAUCUUGCCCAACCGGGUCAUAGGCAGCAUCGGUCAGCAUGUCGGGGAGCCUAUUGAGCAAUUGGCCCAGUGUCACUCAGGCCAAUUUCUUGCAAGCUGUGGCCAUGAUCAGAAGGUCAAGUUUUGGGACAUCUCUUCACUUCGUUCAGUGAUUAUUAAUGACUACAGAAAGAAGAAGAAGAAAAGUGGCCAUUUGAAAGCAUUGAGUAGCAAAGCAUUUGGUAGUGGGGAGGACUUUUUUGCAGAUUUGAGAGAGGUGCCUGCAAUCCAAGAAGAUGACAAUGCGGCCACUGAAAGUGACAGCGAUUAAUGUAUAGAGCAUAUUUGAAGAGUAUAUUCCUCUGAAGGGAUCUGUUUUGGCAGAAAUAGUCACCAUUUCACAAAAACUCAAGUGACAUGCCUUCCCGUACUGUGAAUUCAGCAGAAUAUUUUAGCCCAUCUUCUUGUGGCCUAAUGAAGAUUGCACUGGAUUGUGGAUCAGACAAGGGUGGAGGUCAGGAUGGGUCUGCACACCUUGUGGCCCUGCGGGUGUUUUGAACUUCAGAUCCCAGAAUUCUAGACCAUUGGAGAAGCUGGCUAGGGCUUCUGAGAGCUAGAGUCCCAAAUACCUGUAGGGCCACAGGGUGUGCGAGGGACAUGAAACAAAUAAAUAUUUCCUUUUAAAAUGCAUGGGGGGCAUACUUAGCAAGAACUUAUGUUUUAUUUAAGUUAGUUAUGGGUUAUUGUAGGUUUUUUCGGGCUAUAUGGCCAUGGUCUAGAGGC